UAUAUAUAUAUAUUCCCAGUUUCAUGUUCCACCGAUCUCUCUUUGCACCAAAAGACUGAUCUGAAGAAUGAUACUGCGUUUCUUAACUGUUUACAGACCCAGAAUCCACCCAUCUCUGCUGUUUUCUUCAACUUUUGUUCAAAGAUCAAAUCUUUCGUCAUCUGAAAUCCAACAUUAUGACAACUUUAAUCCCAUCAACCACAAAGAUUGGCUCAGCCCAACACAAGUGAUCAAGAUUUUCCAGAAUCUGAAAGACCCAAAUUCAGCUCUGAAUCUAUGGACCCAAAUGUCAAAACGCAAGGACUAUACCCCCAACGAAGCUCUCUACUCCGCAGUCAUCAACAAGCUAGCAGAAGCCAAGAACAUGGAUGCAAUUGAGACGCUUAUGGAAAGAAUCAAACUUGAGAGAAAAUGCAGGCUCUCCGAUGCGUUUUUCUACAAUGUGAUCAGGGUUUAUGGGAAUGUAGGCGGGAGGAUAAACAAAGCCAUGGAGACCCUCUUUGACAUGCCGAAUUACAAGUGCUGGCCGAGCGUGAAAACCUUCAACUUCGUGCUCAAUUUGCUCGUGAACACGAAGCAGUUUGAAGUUGUCCAUCAAGUGUACACGGGUGCCGCGAAGCUGGGCGUGGAGAUCGAUGCUUGUUGCUUGAAUAUCAUCAUCAAAGGGCUAUGCAGCUGCGGGAAACUCGAGGUUGCACUCCAGGUGCUCGACGAAUUUCCCAAGCAAAAUUGCGCACCCAAUGUGCGCACCUUUUCAACCAUCAUGCGCGCACUGUGCGACCGCGGCCGAGUCGAUGAGGCAUUCGGGUUGCUGGAGAGGAUGGAAAGGGAGCGAGUGGAACCGGAUACAAUCAUGUAUAAUAUACUGAUUUCUGGACUAAGGAAGCAAGGGAGAGUUGAAGAGGGGAUUGAGGUUUUCAACAAGUUAAUGCAUAAAGGCUGUGACCCAAACGAUGGAACUUAUCAGGAAGUUCUGUAUGGGCUAAUUGAUGCCAAGAGGUUUAUUGAUGCCAAAGAUUUCAUGGGUGUGAUGAUUGACAAGAGAGUGAACCCGAGCUUCGAGUCGUAUAAAUUGAUGGUCCAUGGCUUGUGUGAUCAGAAUCUAAGUGUUCAUUUGGACUGGGUACUUAAGCAGAUGAUGAGGCAUGGAUUUGUACCAAGAAUGGGAAUGUGGAAAAAGAUGGUUCAAUGCUUCUUACAUUCCAAAGAUUGCUGUAAUUAUGUUAUAAUGUCCUUUGAAGGCAUUAUUGCAGACCAAUCUCCAUAGAAAUGCAAUCACUUU